AUGUCCACCUCGAGUUCGAACACCUCGGCCGAAAUGGCGCCCCCUGCCGAGAGUCUGGAUACCUACGCAUUCCCAGAACAUCGCCUGAAACGAGUAAUGAAUGACCCCAGCAAGACACCGCUUGUCUUGGUUUCCGCGGGGAGUUUUAGCCCGCCGACAUAUCUACAUCUUCGAAUGCAAGAGAUGGCCGCCGACUACGCCAAGUUCAGCACCAACUUUGAGCUUAUGGGAGGUUAUUUGUCUCCAGUCUCCGAUGCAUACAGGAAAGCAGGAUUGGCGAGUGCGGAGGAUCGAAUCUCCAUGUGUCGGCUAGCGGUAGACGGCGGCUCCGAAUGGCUAAUGCUUGACCCGUGGGAGGCGCUACACAAGGAAUACCAACCAACUGCAGUGGUGCUGGACCACUUUGAUCACGAGAUCAAUGUUGUGCGUCAGGGUGUCGACUGCGGAAACGGCACCCGCAAGCCAGUCCGCGUGGCUCUUCUGGCUGGCGCUGAUCUCAUCCACACCAUGUCUACGCCUGGCGUGUGGAGUGAUAAGGAUUUGGAUCAUAUUCUGGGUCGCUAUGGAGCUUUCAUUGUCGAGCGCAGCGGAACCGAUAUUGACGAAGCGCUGGCCGCCUUGCAGCCAUGGCGUGAUAAUAUCCAUGUCAUCCAGCAACUGAUUCAAAACGACGUCAGUAGCACCAAAAUCAGGCUUUUCCUCCGACGGGAAAUGAGUGUCCGGUACCUGAUCCCCACACCGGUCAUCAAAUACAUUGAGCAACACCAUCUGUAUGAAGAUGACGGCACCGGAAGCAGCACUGCACUCGACAAAGGCAAGGGGGCCGAGAGGGUCAAUCCAACUUGA